GGCUGCUGGCGGUGGUGCAGGGCUCCGGGCGCGGAGGCGGCCCGCAGCGGACGGACACGCAGCGGCUGCGCGCUUUUUAGCCUUUUGGGGCUGGAGAACCAGAGCGAGAGGAGCUGAGCCGAGCUCCGCAGAGCUGGGCUGGGCCGGGCCCGGAGCUCCCUACUUGCCCCGGGAGCGGCACCCUCGAAAACAGCUUGGCUGGAGCCCAGCUCCCCCGAGAGCGCAGCGUCUUGGUGACGGAGACCCAGAGCAUUCGGACAGUACCCGACGGAACGAAGCCGGGCAGUGCAGAGACUGCAGGGCGGCAACGGCCCGGUGCCGGCUACAGGCUCUCGGGUCCCGGGUCCUCGAGCGUAGGAGCGGGGGAGACCUCUGGUUCGGCGGGCAGAAGCGGCCGCAGAGACCCCAAUGUUUUCUCCCACUCACCCAGGUGGAAUAAGUUUGAGUCCAGUGCAUUUACAAGUAAUAGCUGGGAGCCCAGUAAGAGAAUGAGUGAGAGGGAAUUUCGGAGCUGGAGCACAGGGGUCUGUCUUUUGGUGCUCUGCUUGGCCACACUCUGGUCAAGGCUGGCAUUCGCUUCAUCACAUCCUCGGACUCACGCAGUACACGUGGAACCUGGCACCUGUGAAGUGAUAGCUGCCCAUCGAUGCUGCAACCGGAACCGAAUUGAGGAGCGAUCCCAGACAGUCAAAUGCUCCUGCUUUCCGGGCCAAGUAGCAGGAACCACUAGGGCAAAACCAUCCUGUGUGGACGCCUCCAUUGUCCUGCAGAAGUGGUGGUGUCAAAUGCAGCCCUGUCUGCCUGAGGAGGAGUGUAAGGUGCUCCCAGACCUCUCUGGAUGGAGCUGUAGCAGUGGGAACAAAGUCAAAACCACCAAGGUCACACGAUAGCCCUUGGGAAUACCUUCUGGCCCAGAGAAGAACAAUGGAACCAUGAGCCAAAGAAGAUUUGAGAAGGACUAAUGUCCUAGAAGAUGGGAAUAACUGGAUGCUCUGGGUGGGCCUGCCUCAUCAGAAUUGCAAGGCAAUGGAGACACUGUCUUCUGGUGGACCUGAACAUCACUGCAAUGUCCUCUCUCCCAGGGACAUUUCCAUUAAGCAAGAAAUGAGUGUUUCUAAACAUCCUCUGUGAAGAGCUCUGUGCUAAGGGAAGACAUUUUUGACAUAAUUCCUAUUUUGAGGGAGCAAACAAUCUAGCUGGGGAGCCAGAUGCACACAGGAAAUUGUCAGGGAUAAGUAAGUGCUAGCAUUAUUUAUUGUUUUUGAAACUACUGGGGGAAAAGUGGAGGUGAGGAAAUUAGAUUCUCUGUCUUUCAGACCUUCCCCUUUCCCUGGGCUUAUGGUAACAAGCUAGGAGAGUCACAUCCAUUGUUCCCAAUUGAAUCGAAUGUCCUGAAGCUGCUGACAUUUUGAAGGAAAGCAUUCCUUUCUUACCACAAGUUAGUAAUGGCAUCAACCCUUUUGAAUGAGUGAGAGGCUAUGGGAGGAUAGCAGACCACAAAAUCCCAGCAGAGUUUGUGCAACAGAGUAGCCUGUUAAGCAGUUGCUUCCAUACAAUUUUGGAGUGGGACUUUAUGAGUCUCCUUAAAAUAGAAAAGGACCCAAUAAAGGACAUCUAUGAAUAGAGCAAAUGAGGUAGCAGAGUUUUGUAGAAAGAAUACUGGGUUUGGAGUCAACACUUGAAUUAGAGUCUUGGCCGUGCCAUUUACUAGCUGUGUGAUCUUCGGCAAGUCAUUUAACUCUGAUCCAAAGUACUCAUCUGUUAAACUGGAUAUCUCUAAGAUCUCUUUAGAGAAUUCUUCAUUUUUAUGAUUUGGUGAGCUCCUUUGAGAUGAUGGUUAUGAAAGUGUUUUGUACUUUUUAAAGUAUUGUAUAAAGGAAAGAGUAUCACUCUCACAUAAUCCAGACCCUCUCCUCAAUUUUUUUUAACAAAAAAAGAGAGGUCAGACUGGCUAAUUAAUUUGUCCAAGGCCACACAGCUAGUUUUCCCACCACUCUAAAACCAACAUUUUCUGUCUGUCCUAUGAGUUGGGGUUCUAACUGGAACGAUAUUGAAGAAUGACUAUUUAAACAAGGGUUGCUCAUCAUGUACCUCUUUUCCUAAGUAUAGGAAUGUGAUAUGGCCUGACUCAGGGAAGGAAGGAGAUAGGGAGCGGAGAGAUCAGAGUGAAAUUGCUGUCAAAUUCAACUUCUGUUGUCCUCAGUAUUCAGGAAUCUCUCACCAAAUCUAACUGUAUAGUCUCAGGAUACUGAGCAGUUUUCAACUUUAAUCCCUGAAAGGUCCAAAGCAUUCAGAUGACCUUCAAAGGGCAUCUAUUUCUGGGUAUAUACUGUUGUGUUAUGUCCAUCUAUCCCUGAUCCUUAGGAAGAUAGAAGUGAGAGGUUUAUGUCUCCUGUCUCCCCUAGUCAAGCUGAUACAGAUCUUAUAGACUUCCAGUAUACAGAGGUGGAAAGAAUCUUAGAGAUAAUCUUCCCUUGUUUUACAAAGGGAUAAGGCACUCGGGUCCAGAGAAAUGAAAUAGAUAACCCUAAGUUGAAUAAGUAGUUAGCAGCAGAGCUAGAAGUACAUCGGUUUCCUAAAACCCAGUCAGCUCUUUUCCCUUUAUAACCCAUGUCCCAGAAGCCAGAAUCAAGAGGAUCCAAAGAUGGGAUAUGGACUUUGGAGGGAGCAGAUGUGGGGGCACUGGGAUAUUGGAGGAGAAGGUGGUAAUGGUAUGGUCAAAUAGAAGGAGACCUCUGGGCCAUUAUCACUCCAAAUGGAUUCUGGAUAUAAAAAUGGUGAUGACUCAGGUUUGGGAGUAAAGGGCUAUUGGGCUGGAAGGAACUCUAAGGUUGAAUGUUUACCCAGACUAGGCUGACAAGUCUUCAAGGAAUUAUAGAAAGUCAAAAUGAAUCUCAGAGGUCAUCUUAACUAAGUCCCACCUGGAUAGAAAUUUCCUCUUCACAAUCCCAACAAGUGUUCAUCUGGUCUCAAGUUGAAUAUCUCCAGUUAAGGGGAAUCCAACAAGAAGGGGUUUUCCAGACAGGUAAGGGAAUGCCUGGGUUCCCCUAACCCCUGGUCCUAUCUGCUCCUCAAGAAAAACACACCUAUCUGAUAUUCUUUAUCUACUCUCAAUACUGCUCUGUCCUGGAUUGUUACUAGAUGGCGCAGUACAGAUAGAGUGCUAGCCCUGAAAUCAGGAAGCCCUGAGUUCAGAUAUAGCCUUAAGACACUUACUAGGUGUGUGAUUCUAGACAAGCCACUUAACCCUGCUUGCCUCAAUUUCUCAUCUGUAAAAUGAGCUGGAAAUGGCAAACUAUUCCAGUAACUUUCCUAAGGAAACCCCAGAAGAGUUGGACAUGUCCCAAAACAACUAAAUAUAACAGCAUUUUUUUUUUUAAAUCAAGAAUUUACUUUUUUUAUGGGCAACUAGGGGGUACGAUAGAUAGAAUGCUGAGCCUGGAGUCAGGAAGUGUCAACUUCAACUUCUCAUCUAUACUCCAAUAGCCAAGAAUCCAGUAACCAAGAUAAUCCUGAGUGGAGUCAUGAAGAAUUGACCCAAUAAUAACAUCUUCAAUUCAAUUGCUUCACAGUUUAUCUUCAUAUUUUUGUAACUGAAUAUUUAAUCUCAACUUCUCAUUUGAGUGUAAAUACCAGAUUCUGAAAUAUUAAAUUCAUUUUAAUCUCUGCAAAUGCCAGAGUCAAAGGGCGGGGGUAGGGGAAGAAACAGGUGAAAGACUUACCAUCUCUUUCUGCAGGACCUGGGAACUGACCUGUUUUCCUUUGAAGCAAGGAAAUGAUUUAGAAUUCAGGGGUCCUCAAACUUUUAAAAUAGGGAGCCAGUUCACUGUCCCUCAAACUGUUGGAGGGCCGGAUUAUAGUAAAAACAAAAACUUUGUUUUGUGGGCCUUUAAAUAAAGAAACUUCAUAGUCCUGGGUGAGGGGGAUAAACGUCCUCAGCUGCUGCAUCUGGCCCUCGGGCCGUAGUUUGAGGACCCCUGAAUUUUAGAUGAUCUUUGGAGGGCCUGGCCUCCAUUGCAACAAGACAAUGUCUGUCCAUUCUGUCCCUUAGAGAAUUAGGGAUCUAAAUACCAGAUUUCUUUUUGUUGUUGUUUUUAAUAACUCUGAGAAAUUGAUAACAAGAAGUAAUGGCCAAUGAGAUACUGUGUUAGAACUCCCAAGUGAUGGAACAGGAUUCUUACCUCCUAGUGCUGAGACUAGGAGUGAAGAAUAGAGUUCCAAAGCCUAACGGAGUUUCCCUUCCUAUUUUCAACCAUUGAUUCCAAGAAAGGACUCUGGCUACCCCUAAAGAAUCUUUGAUCCAGGAACUCCAAGCUCACUAUCCUCACAGACAAGUAGAUCAUGAGCCAUGGAAUGAAACUGAGAGAAUGAGGAUGGUACCCGAGAAGUCUUCAUCAUUCAAUCAUAAAAUCAUGCCCCAACCUAGUAAUCAGUAGGAAGUAUAGCAUAGACAAUGGUUCCUUUACUAAUCCCAAUUGUUCCUGUUUUCCAGGGGUAUAAAUAGAAUUUUUUUUUUUAACUUGAAGGCAAUAUAGUGAUGGUGGGGAAGUAAGAUAACUGAGAGACACAACAUAUACUCCAGGGGAAGAAAAUCUGUCCCAUCCUCCUCUUCCCUCAGCCUCAGCUGGUUGAAAUACCAGCCUCUAAGAGGGUCCUCAAACUACGGCACGGGCUACAUGCGGCAACUGAAGACAUUUAUCUCCCUCACCCAGGGCUAUGAAGUUUCUUUAUUUAAAGGCCCACAAAACAAAAUUUUUGUUUUUACUAUAGUCCGGCCCUCCAACAGUCUGAGGGACAGUGAACUGGCCUCCUAUUUAAAAAGUUUGAGGACCCCUGUGUCUUGACCUUUCUUGGGUCUCACUUUUCUCUCAGCUUUUAUGGAGUGGGACAGGGCUCCCACAGAAUCACAAACCGUGACACAUGUGGAAGUUGUUGCCUAGGACAAAGCUCUAGCUAACCCAGCUGUGCUUAAGCAAUAAGCAUCCAUCUGCUUCCCAUCCUACCUCGCCCUAUUCAUUCAAAAUCCCAUUGACAUUUAUUAAACAGCUCCUUUCCAUUUGUUGAAAUUUGCUAAUUCCAUCCCCUGGGUUGCUUCCUUCUAUUUAGACCCUUCUACCCUCUAUCAUAUUUUUCUUCUUCCUCAGUGAGGAUAAGGGAGUUGGGGUAAGGAACUGAUUCUAGAAGAGUGCUAUACAAAUAAUUGGGAUUCACUAGUGAAGGGACCUGCCUGUCUUCUCUCUCUUAAAGAAGUUGUGAUAAUUUUUUCAUCGGCUUUCAUGACAGCUUAGGAAUUUUAAUUUAUUUCCCUGGGGUGGGGGAUUCUUGAGCGCUUCUCCCCCACCCCCCAGCAGUGAGGUUCAUAGGUUCCCUGCCAGCUGUGCAGGGAGCCUUCAGGCCAAAGGAAGGUUCCAUCCUCUGGGGACCAUGUGGGUGAUUCAUAUUUGCUGCCUGGCAGCUUAAUUAAGGUCUAUGAGUUACAUGCUAAUUAGUGGCCCCAAAUAAUCCCCAGGGUUGAAGGGAUUGAAAGCUCCAGCUGUACUCUGAGUCCUGUCUGUGGACAUAUACCCAGGGCCUGAGAGAAAGUGAGCUCCAGGCAGGGAAGAGCAUGAAUAUGCUUUCUCCUUGAGUCACCCAGCCCACUGAACUCAGGGGACAAAGGAAGAGAAAUGAGAAACAAUUGGGAGAUGGAGAGAGAUGGACUGAUAUAGUUAGGAAGAAAGAGGGAGAGAGGGAGGAGGGAUCAUUUAGAAUUUGUCAGUUGUUCAGAACUCUGGGGAAUAUUUCAAUUCUCUGUAUGAAACUAUUGAGUUAUAGUCCUUCAUGGGAGAAGGGGGAGGAGGUGCAGGGUUGAGUGGGAGGAGCCUUUUGAGUGGUUUAUUUAAAGACUAGCCUUCUCUGAUAGAGGGGCACUGAGAUACUGGUAUUUCCAUCAAACCCUCCUCAUUAAAUCUUAGUAAAUGAAGCCUUCAUAGUAAUCAAUAUAGUUAAAUGAUGAAUUUGAAUUUAUUUCCUGGGCCAUUCUGCUGCAUCUUUCCAGAUUUAUUGAGACUGGUCCUGCACUAACUCCAUUCCCAUUGAUCUUUAAAAUGCCCCUAAUGAUGUUUAACAACCACAAGAAACG